AGCAUACAGUGACUCUCACAAUUUUAUACUCCACUAUAGCCAUACACACAUACGAAAUGACAGCCGCAAGGUCAAUCAGCCCUUUGCUCAGGAAAGUAACACCCUCAGCGGGCACUGUCAUUGCAAAGAGAGGAAUGGCUUCCACUUCCAAAUUCGCAAAGUAUAACUGGGAGGACCCUCUCAACAUGAACUCUCUCCUCUCAGAGGAAGAACUCGCGAUUCACGAGACAGCCAAGUCAUUCUCCCAAGCCCAACUUCUUCCCCGUGUGACGGAAGCCUACCGCACUGAAAACUUUGAUCCCGCAAUCCUUCGGGAGAUGGGCGAGCUUGGACUUUUGGGUGCUACAAUCCAAGGAUAUGGGUGUGCUGGUGUAUCCAGUGUCUCAUAUGGCCUAAUUGCCCGAGAGAUCGAACGGGUAGAUUCAGGAUACCGAUCUGCUAUGAGUGUCCAGUCUUCAUUGGUCAUGCACCCCAUCAAUGAAUUUGGCAGCGAUGCCCAGAAGGACAAAUACCUUCCUCAACUCGCUACUGGGGAGAUUAUUGGUUGCUUUGGUCUCACCGAACCCAACCACGGCUCUGAUCCUUCUUCUAUGGAGACCACCGCUACCAAAACAUCCGACGGGUGGGUUCUUAACGGUAGCAAAACCUGGAUCUCCAAUGCUCCCGUGGCCGACUUGUUCGUCAUUUGGGCUCGAGUAGUCGAAAACGGUGAGAAGGGCAAGGUGCGGGGUUUCUUGGUUGAGAAGGGCACGGCCGGUCUUUCUGCGCCUGCAAUCAAGAACAAAAUGUCACUCCGAGCAUCCAUCACAGGAUCCAUCUUCAUGGAGGACGUCAAGGUCUCAGAUGACGCCGUUUUACCAAAGUCUAACGGUCUGGGAUCGCCGUUUUCUUGUCUAAACAAUGCUAGAUACGGUAUCAGCUGGGGUGUGAUGGGUGCUUUGGAGGACUGUAUCGCCCGAGCUAGGGAUUAUGCUCUUGAACGAAACCAGUUCAAACGACCUCUUGCGUCUUUCCAGCUCAUUCAAAAGAAGCUUGCUGAUGCCUCCACGGCUGCCACCCUCGGCCUUCUCGGUGCUCUCCAGCUCGGCAGGCUCAAGGACAAAGGGGAAUGGUCGUCCGAUAUGGUUUCCAUGAUGAAGAGGAACAAUUGCGGUGAAGCUUUGCACCACUCUAGGGUACUGCUUGAUAUUUUGGGUGGAAACGCUUGUAGUGAUGAGUACCACAUUGGAAGGCACGCUGCCAAUUUACAAGUUGCCAACACUUACGAGGGAACAAAUGAUAUUCAUGCUCUCAUCCUUGGCAAGGCGAUUACUGGCUUGCAGGCUUUUGCCAACUAAAAAUCCGAGAUGGACCCAAAAAAAAUAGAUAUCCAAUGCAAUGUAUGCUGUUCUAUGCAAUCUUCUCUAA